CAGAAGAAGGCGAUCGUGCUGGACAUGUCCAAGUACGUGGACAAGUCCGUGCGCGUCAAAUUCAUGGGGGGUCGCGAGGCGAACCGCCGCGCUGUGGUCGGUGUGCUCAAGGGGUACGACGCGCUGCUCAACUUGGUGCUGGACGAGGCGCACGAGUACCUCAAGGCGCGCCGCGCCGCGCCGCGCCCGCAGGACCCGACCGACGCCUACCGCUUGCUGGACGAGACGCGGCCGAUGGGCCUGAUGGUCUGUCGCGGCACCUCCAUCAUGCUCGUCUGCCCGACCGACGGGCUCGAGGAGAUUGCGAACCCCUUC